UGCCUUAUCCAACCCUUCUUCCUCCUUCCCUCUCUCUCCACAAUCCCAAACUCUGCGAUCAGAAAUCUAGGUUUUUGGCUUCUCUUUCCAUGGACACUCGUCUAUCCCACCAGAUAUCCCUCCCGCUUCUCCCCACUCGCCGCGAUUCCAAAGGCUUCGGCGUUUGCGCGCUACCCUCGCGACGGUUGCGUUCGGCGGCGGUUGUUGCUACGGCUGGUGCGAGCCGGUGCGAUCCCGGGAGUAGCCUGAACGCGCCGCUCGAGCCGAGGUCGGCGCAGGGGAGGUUCCUCAGCAGCGUGUUGCAGAACAAGCGUCAGCUUUUCCACUUCGCCGCCGCCGAUGAGCUCAAGCAACUCGCCGACGAUCGCGAAUCCGCCGUCUCUCGUAAGCUCCUGAGUUCCGGCUCCGACGAGGCUUGUCUCCACAGGAGGAUAGCCCAACUCAAAGAGCAUUAUUCUCAAAUCGCCGUCCAAGACAUAAUGUACAUGCUAAUCUUCUAUAAAUUCUCCGAGAUCAGAGUCCCUCUUGUUCCAAAGCUCUCCAGGUGCAUCUACAACGGAAGGCUCGAGAUCUGGCCAUCAAAAGACUGGGAACUGGAAUCCAUUCACAGCAUUGAUGCCCUAGAACUCAUCAAGGAACACGUCAGCGCAGUCAUAGGCCUGCGUGUGAAUUCGAGCGUUACCGACAAUUGGGCGACAACCCAGAUACAGAAACUCCACCUCGGAAGAGUAUACACCGCCUCGAUCUUAUACGGAUACUUCUUGAAAUCUGCUACCCUCAGGCACCAACUCGAAUGUUCCUUGUCAGAUCUCCAAAUAAACCAGCAAAGACCUAUCCAAUUCCCUAAAGGUCCGGUCUUUGGCUGUUCUUUCCCGACAAGCACGCCACAAGCAUUCGAAAACCGAGAACUGAAGCACCUCAGGCACUACAUUUCCGGGUUCAAUCCCGAGACAUUGCAGAGAUGCGCGAAGCCGAGGUCUGAGGAAGCGAGGAACUUGAUAGAGAAACAGAGCAUUGCCCUCUUUGGACAGGAGAAGGGGGAUGAGGUCGUAGUGACGUCAUUCUCUAGCCUGAAGAGACUGGUUCUUGAGGCUGUUGCGUUUGGAACGUUUCUGUGGGACACAGAGGAGUACGUUGAUGGAGUUUAUAAGCUCAAGGAGAAUGACAAUGCAGAGGAAGAAGAAGAAAGCAGCAGCAUAUGAAGUACGUUGAUGGAGUUUAUAAACGUGUAUAUACACAUAUAUAUAUAUAUAUACACACUAUAUAGAGAAGUUUGGUUUCUGUCGAAUCUUGGUGGGUUUUUUUAGUGUAUAGUGCAUAGCUAUCUCAUUGUAUGUAUAUACGGGCAAAGAGUAUUUGCUCGUAUGAUGAUGUAGAGAGAAAUAAAUACUAGUUUUUCUUGACGUUUUUGGUUCA